AUGCGGUUCAGCGUGACGGCUACGACGGCCGUCAUCGCCUGCUUCUGUAUGGCAACGGCGUACGUGGGCGUGCUGUACACACUUCCACACGAAAUUCGGCGCCUUCCUCGUGACCACCCCACGCACAUUCUGGCGCGCUUUCUGCUCAUCUGCAUCUUUUGCGGCAUCUGCCCGUUCGUGCUGGCAGUAUUCUACGAUCACGAUGAAUCUAGCAUAUCUUUUGCCCAGUGGCUAGGCAUCCGCUCGGAAGGGCUGGCGCAGGCGAUCUUUGUCCCGCUACUUGCAACAGCGGUGCUGUUCACAGGCUCGCUGCUGGCAAAUGCGCUGCAUCUGCUGAACGUGUCGAAGCAGUUUCACUCUCAUGGCUGGUGGUUUGCCUUGAAAAACUCGGCGUUGUAUUAUUCGAUCACACAUGAUCGACUACCGUCGCUGCGCACUUACGUGCUGGGCCCGUUGACAGAAGAGUUUGUGUUUCGAAGCUGUAUGGUACCGCUGCUUGUGUGUGCGGAGUUCACGGCCAAGCAGAUUGUUUUCGGUAGUCCAGUGAUAUUUGGAGUAGCCCACUUGCACCACUUUAUGGAGUAUGUGCGAUACGGUCGGUCACCGAAAGAUGCAGCGUUGACUGUCGGCUUCCAGUUUGUUUACACCUCCCUGUUCGGAGCGUAUGCUACAUUCAUCUUUCUGAGAACAGGACACUUCGCAUCUACGUUCCUCGUGCAUGUGUUUUGCAACGUCAUGGGCGUCCCGGAUCUUUCCUUUUUCAAUCCAGAAAACAUAUUGCAUUCGUACCGAUUCGUGCUUCUCGGAGCAUAUUUCUUCGGCGUUUAUGGCUUCUCUCUUGUUCUGAUGCCGUUGUCAGAACCAGCAAUCUACUCUUCAGAGUUGUGGAACGCUACGGUGUCUGCAAUAGACCACGAAGUUGUGUUCAGAUACUCGGGCACUCUCUAA